AGAAAAGCUAAAAGAAAAUAAUUAAAUUACAUUACCCAUCCUGGUAUCUGAGCAAUUUGCCAUAAAUGUUUUAAAUCUUGAGAGAGAAUGUAAAGCUUGUUCUCUUUCACUAUUUAAUUUUUAUUAACACAAAACCAGCGCAGUUUGUACAGGUCUGUUAGGGCGGGUUGUAGUUACCAGGGAACGUGCAGAGGUCUGAUUUUGAGUUUUGGCAGAUACGCAUCUGUCUGGUUCUCUUCUAAACUGCAGUGGUGUCUUAGUACAGUCAUUAAGUACAGCUCAGCUACACAAUGAGCUGCUUGAAAACACUCCAUUUUCAUCACUUAUAAAACCUUGUGAUGGAUAAAACUGGAGCCUCAUCUUGAUGAUUUUUUUUCCAUUCCCGCUUUGCCUUUGAGAAAAGGCUCUAAUUUAAAUAUACCUGCACAUGUACCACAAUGUUACUUUCCUUCUUAAUGUCCUGCCUUUAAGUUGGGAAUGUUAAACCCAAAGAGACAGAGCUAGGGAGUGGCUUGUAAGCAGUUUGCGCAGGAGUCGUCUCCAAAGAGCCUUUCACUGCAGGACUCCAAUCUGCGAUGGGGCUUCCAGGUGCCCCCAGCAUAGAUAAGUCAGAGGGGAAGGAAUGGGAUUGUGACAUCAAAGGUAACUUGGCCAAUCAACAGACAGUUGACUGGCUCUUUCACCUGCUACAAAUUGUUUCAUUGCAAGGCCAUUGGGAAAAACUUUCCUCCUUAGAUGGUGACACAGCCAUGGAGUCACUGCUGCAGGUGCUCCCCGCCAAGCCCACCGGCCGAGAGCUCCUCACUCUGCUAGAUGCUGUUGGGCAGCGGAAGGGCCAGGUGUUAGUGAUGGAGAUGGAUGACACGCAUGAGCGAGUCUCACCUGUGCGGGUUGCCUUUGCCCAGGAGCUCUUCAGUAGGGCUGACCUUGGGACCGAGCUCCUCCAGGACGAGGCCAGCAAGGAGCGAGAGCAGGAGCUGCGGCCGCAGCUGGUUUUCAUGCUGUGGCAGGCUGCCACCCUGAGGCAACUUGUGCAGUGGGAACUUCUGGAUGAGACACUUGGGAACUUGAGGAGCCUCUUUCCCGCGCUGGUGCUGGUGCUGAUCCAGCCAGGCCUGCGGCAUCAGCAAGUGGAACCAGAGCAGGCGGCAGGGGUGCUGAGGAGGAUGCAGUGCUUGCUGGAUAGCAACUUCCAGGAUCUGGUGGUGGAGGCAGCUGUUUACAGCCCGGGCCAGCUAGAGGGUGCCUGGGAGGUCAGGAGAGCCGCGUGCAGAGCCCUGGGAGAAGUUCUGAUGGAGCGAGAAGAAAUCGCCUCUCGGGACCCCGUUGCUAUCCGGCUUGGCUUGGAGGUGUGCAAUGUCAGCUAUGGAAGGCAGUAGAGGACUGGAUCCCUUGGUUGCCUCAGGAUGUGCUUGGCAGGUGGGUUUCCUCCCAAUAUUCCCUCAUUGCAGCCUCCCCCUGCUGCUGCCGCAGUCCUUGACCGGCGUACUCUGCUGCUUCAGCCACAUGAGCCUGCCUGCCUGAGACUCGCCUGCUCCCCACGUGCACUUGAAGACGGUGACUGCUCUAGGAAACGAACAGAAGGACAGAUCUCAGGACACCUCUUCUCUGCACAGACGCCCUCCUGCUAUUAGUAGGAACCCCAGUUGAGAAAGGGAAGAUUUGAGCGCGUGUGUGGGCUGCGAGGGAUGCUGACGCCACAACAUGUCGCACCAGCUCUUCCACAUGCGCCUUCCCAGCCCUGUGAUGGGGAGCGGAGAUGCAAUUAUUCUCAUGCCUACCUGUCAGGUUUUUUAUCUGAGUCUCUCUUACUUACCUGGCAGGGGAAAUACCAGGACCACCAAGGUGGUUUUCCUACUGGCUGGGGAAAACCAUGAACAUGGCAGGGGGUAGCGCCCUGACCGAGGUAAUACAUCGUUAGCCUCCCACUUUCACUUCCAAUGGGAAGAUUUCGGGUAUACGCUGAUUUCUUGGAAAUGGGAGACCCCUCCCUAGCUUGCUUCUGCAGCCAUAGGGCUGAGGGCAAACAAAACUCAGGGGCAUCCAAACCCCAAGCCUCUGGGCUUGGGCCUACGUGUAGGAUGCCCGCCAAAGGAUUUGAAAGCAUCUGAAGCCCCAGGCAGGGUGGAGGAUGCUUGCCGGUAGCACAGGGGCGGGCAGUUAUUUUAGGUGGAGGGCAAUUUAUUGAGUUCUGGCAAGCCAUCGAGGGCUGCAUGACAGGCAGCCACGGGCAGAUAAAUAUUAAUUUUCUUAAUUUUUUAGGGGUCCUGUGGACCGGAUAGAAUGGCCUAGGCCGUAUUUUGCCCACCCCUGUGGUAGCAGGACCACAAAUGGUUCUUGAAAGUCUCAUGGAUUUGGAAUUGAUUUGGCUGAUUUGACAUGAAAAAAUGUCCUUUAAAAAUUUUUUUAAAAAGUCUCUCUUACGAUUGACAUCCCUGACCUGAGAAACUUUCCCAUUAAAAUCUCUUUGAAAUUCUUGAGCUUCCACGACAUGAUUGGGUGUCCAGGAAAUGGUGUCUUUUGUCAAACAGAUUGUGAAAAAACAUUGCUUUCAGCUGUUACCGUGAAGGAGGGACAGGGUCUGAUCGUAUCGGGCUGCUUGGAAUUUUCCAGCCCUCUUUCCAAACCUGUAAAGCAAGAGGGAGCCCAGGAGGAAGAGCUGCAGAACGAGUAUUUUCAGUCUCACUUAAAGAGCACCAAGUUGCUGCAGCUAGGGUCAGAGCCCCACUGUAUCAGCAGUGGCAGUGUCUGCUGCCGUUAACCCUGGGCAUGCUGACAUUUUUUAAGUAGGCCUCCACCCAGUGCUCAGGCUGAAGUGUAGUAGACAGUGCUGAAUAGAAGGGAAGAAUCACUGCCCUCCAUCUGCUGGCAAUGCUCCUACCAAUGCAGCCCAGGAUGCCGGUAGCCUUCUUGGCACCAAGGGCACACUGCUGGCUCCUGUCCAUCUUCUUGUCCACCAGGCACCAGGUCCUUUUCUGCAGAGCUGCUGCUUAUCCAGUCAGUCCCAGCCUGCACCAGUGCAAUGAGCACAGGCACCUGCAAAAUUAUGGCAGCUGGCUGCUGAGGAGUGUGAGAGAUGCAGUGGUGACUGGGUGCUCUGGAGUGAGCAAGGAAGAGGUAUCUUGCACUUGGAAACAUGGCUGUGUGCAAAUAAACACUGCUGGGGCCUUAGCACGUUUCCCUGGGGCCCUAUUCCCCUGUCUCAAAACCCGAUAUGCCAUUCCCUGCCCUCUUCUCUGCUCUGCGACACACUUGGCUGUCUCUGAGCUCUGGUCUCAGCCGAUCACGCUGGAGACCUUGGCCGUGGGUGAGGAAGCAGUUAUGUUUUCACGGGGGACAGUCACGUUUCAAACGGCUGUUGCAGGUACCCCACUGGAAAGAGGACCAAAGCAUCAUUUCACCAACUCCUCAGGACACCCAGGACAGGUGUUUGCACCCAGACCAUCCCCUGAAAACAUAACGGGUGGUGACCCCAGCCUUAAAUGUCAUGGAGCACGUACACUUCAGUACAAUACUUGUUUUCAAUUAGUGACAAGCGGGUAGAAAGUACUGUGCAACGAGUGAAGGACUCAUUCUCUGCUCCUGCUCCUUUAGAAGUUUGUCUUUGUGGAAAUAAACUGAUUUCAGUAUUGUACCAUAAUCCUUUUUAAAGGGAUGCUGGGAGGGAAGUGACCUGCCCUUAGUUUGGUAUGAUCUGAUGGAGCAUGUCAUCUAUAGGUAAGCGCUGAGACGUCUUUAUUUAUUUAGUUUUAGUUUUUAGGGGGCAUCGGCAUAGGAUUCAACGUAUUAGACGGAUCACCCUGUUUCAUAGAUGCAUCCCUAUGGGUGUAACGCUGGAGUUUAGGGUUAAUGGUGCACUUCAGCAGUAGUGAUUUCUUGUAUUCUUUCUCUCUCAUUUGGUUUCUUUACAGAUCCUGUAUCCAUCUGAGGGCUAAACUGUCCCCAGGAGAAAACAUUAAAGUUUGGAGUU